GAGGGAGAUCAUUGCAUUGUCAGAGCCACUGUGGUGUGAGGGUGGGCAGUGGAACCAUGGCCCAGUCCGUGUGGGGUUAUGACAGUGACAAUGGACCUGAGCACUGGCAUGAGAACUACCCCAUGGCCAAGGGAGACAAGCAGUCACCCAUUGAGAUCAACAGCAAAGAUGUGCAGCACGACUCUUCGCUUGCCUCUUGGCAUGCCAGUUACGAUCCUGGAGCAGCAAAAACCAUCCUGAACAACGGGCGCACCUGCCGAGUCGUCUUUGAUGACACUUUUGAUCGCUCAGUGCUGAGAGGUGGGCCACUCACUGGAGCCUACCGGCUGCGCCAGCUUCACUUGCAUUGGGGCUCCUCUGACGACCAUGGCUCUGAGCAUGUGAUAGAUGGGGUGAAAUAUGCAGCAGAGUUACACAUGGUGCACUGGAAUCCAAAACAUGGCAAUUUUGCUGGAGCUUUGAAACAACCUGAUGGUGUGGCUGUUGUGGGCAUUUUUCUGAAAGUUGGAAAAACUCCCAAACCAGAGAUGAAGAGAAUUCUUGAAGAAAUUGAUAACAUUAAGACCAAGGGCAAAGAGGCUCCUUUCCAGCACUUUGAUCCUUCAAUUCUUUUCCCCAAAUCUCGAGACUACUGGACCUAUCAGGGUUCAUUCACUACACCUCCCUGUGAGGAAUGCAUCACUUGGAUUCUCCUGAGGGAGCCAAUUGAAGUCAGCUCGGACCAGAUGGCGAAGCUCCGCAGCCUUUCCAAGAAUGGUGAGAAUGAACCUGUGAACCCACUAGUUGAUAACUGGCGCCCACCUCAGCCUGUGAAGGGCAGGAUAGUGAGAGCUUCAUUCAAGUGAAGUCCCAGGUGUCACUCUAAUGAACCCAAGUGAGAGCAUCCCUGCAUCCCAAAGCAUAAUUAGUUUUUGCUGUCUACUGCUUUUCCUCUGGAUCCAGGUCUGCGUUUCUCAGAUUGAAAUUCUGAGUGGUAAAAGUCAAUCUGAUUUUGAAAGCAGGCAAAAUAUUGUAUGCAAAUGCUAACCUUAAUCAGGAAAUGAGAGAUAAAUGUGAUUCCUGACCACAAAUGCCUCAGAUUUUGUGAUACUGUUACU